AUGACUCUGCCGGUGGAGGUGGUUGAGCAUGCCGUUCUCAACGAUAGUGAGGAGCAAUUGUUCCAAGGGCUUUCCUGGUCCUCAAGGGUUCAGGGAUAUGUGCUCUUUACGGCGUUGGGCUUUUUCUCCUCUAUUAUGGGUUGGGUCGCCUUGGGCAUUGGAUCGUACUGGAAAUACUCGGUCUUGUCAACUCUGGGGUCUGUAAUGUCUUUGGCGAGCACAUUUAUUCUCAUGGGCCCUCGAGCACAACUUCAAUACAUGUUUGAUGAGUAUCGGCGGACUGCCUCCAUGCUCUAUCUUGGUUCCUUGCUCCUCACUUGGAUAGUGGCCAUGGUGUACAAGUCUGCCUUUCUGUGUAGUCUUUGCGGCUUGCUGCAGUACGCAUGCUUGAUAUGGUAUUCCCUUUCGUAUGUCCCAUAUGGUCGGGAAGCUGUCUCGGGCUUUCUUAGUCGUCUCAUCUCCUACCACUAG